CAACUGAAAGAUGGUUAUUUCCUAAGACAAACCUCAGAGACAACAACUUCAGAUUCAGAACCUCAAAGUAAUUACUAGUAAUUCGUAAAUAAAACAUGGGUUCUUCUGGGUAUUCAAAAUGGUUUGCUGCAACCAUAACUCUAGCUUUUGCUGCUCUUUCUACCUCCACAGUUUAUAUAUGCAGGAAGAGAUCAAAAGCAUUGAACUUGAAGGUUAAAGAGCUUCAGAUAUCUCUCAAUUCUUCUUUGCAAAACUGUGCUGCUGAACGCCAAGGUCGAAUCCGCGCCCAACAGGCAUUGAGGGAGGCAUUACCAGCAGCACAGUCCAAGUCUGAGAAGUUGGAGGAGCAGAUUUCUUAUCCAAUGACACCUAUUGGUUUUGUUCACUCUUGCUUCUCUACCAGAAAUGGGACCCCAAGGCAACCACUACUCGUGCCUCUUGCUAGGGCAUGCAUAAACUUCAAUGCUACUCGAGUUCCUCCAGCAUCUCUCGAGGGUCUCACAGAAUAUUCUCAUUGCUGGAUUGUAUUUGUAUUUCACCUAAACACUAAUUUAGAUAAGUUAUGGAAGCACCCAUCUAGAUCAAAGUUCAAAGCUAAGGUUAAAGUUCCAAAACUGAAAGGUGGAAGGAUGGGAGUAUUUGCUACGAGAUCUCCACAUCGCCCAUGUCCUAUAGGUCUCACGGUUGCAAAGGUGGAGGCAGUAAAAGGGAAUACGGUUCUUCUAUCUGGUGUAGAUCUGGUGGAUGGGACACCAGUACUUGACAUCAAACCUUAUCUACCAUACUGUGAUAGCAUCCAAGGAGCAGCAGUGCCAAAGUGGAUAAUGGAAGACGAUACGUUAUCAGUAGCUUCUGUUAGCUUUUCCGAGGGCUUCUCUUCGUCACUCGUCGAUUGCUGGAAAAUAAUGGGGAUGAAGUCACUCUAUGAAUCAUCUGAUGAGCUGCAAUGCUUGAUCGAGCAGGUACUUUCCUGGGAUAUCCGAUCAUUAUCUCAGCGGAACCAACCUCACGAACCCUUUAAUAAGAAAGCAAAUGGUAAAGCUACAUAUACUUGUCUUGAUUCAGAAUCUAACCACGAAGAAUACACUUUGAACCAUGAAAACAACGAAGUUCUUCAUUCUGAUGAUGUAACAUAUCAUCUAAUUUUGGAAGGAAUCAAUAUAUCUUACAAAAUCAACAACAGUGGCAAUGUAAUUGUAGAAAAAGCUAUAGUUACGCCAGAAAGUACAAGACAAUAAUGAUGCAUCAGCUUGAUGUCUGUAACUAAUGGCGGGUUUAGUCAAAUCAGGGAGAAAAGCAACGUACGAUUGGGCAAGAAGGGGUUGUAGUCCCGGCUUUCUUGUAUAGCUUACGUGCCACAUUCCGAGUGAUCGAGUUAUCUUUAGGAAUUUAUUAUAUGGAGAGACUACUGUAUGGCCAAUCUGGGGGGCACCUGUUGCCAUUUCAACGAUUGCGUGGAUGUUGCCGGCGAGGCUCCGUCUUUGGAUGAUAAGUUUUUUGGCCGCUUACAGCACAUUGUGACAUUUUUGGCCACUUAUAGCACAUUGUGACAUUUUUAGCCAUAAUUACUUUUCUGAUCUCAUA